CAGGGUGAGUGCCAGCGCAGAGGGCUCGGUCCUCGCUCCGCCCGCCCGCGCCGGGGGCUGGCCUUGCCUCAGCCGGCGCCUUUUUCCCCCCGCACCGCGGCGCCGCUUCGCCACUCGGGCACCGCAGGUAGGGCAGGAGGCGGGAGCGCCUGCCGCCCGCCGCCCGUAAGAUGGUCCCCUCGGCUGGACAGCUCGCCCUGUUCGCGCUGGGUGUUUUGUCGGCUGUGUGCCAGGCCCUGGAGAACACCACGUCCGCCCUGAGUGCAGACCCGCCUGUGGCCGCAGCUGUGGUGUCCCAUUUUAAUGACUGCCCGGAUUCCCACAGUCAGUUCUGCUUCCAUGGAACCUGCAGGUUUUUGGUGCAGGAGGACAAGCCAGCAUGUGUCUGCCAUUCUGGAUAUGUUGGUGCACGCUGUGAGCACGCAGACCUCCUGGCCGUGGUGGCCGCCAGCCAGAAGAAGCAGGCCAUCACCGCCUUGGUGGUGGUCUCCGUCGUGGCCCUGGCUGUCCUCAUCAUCGCAUGUGUGCUGAUACACUGCUGCCAGGUCCGAAAACACUGUGAGUGGUGCCGGGCCCUCAUCUGCCGGCACGAGAAGCCCAGUGCCCUCCUGAAGGGAAGGACUGCUUGCUGCCACUCCGAAACAGUGGUCUGAGGAGCCCACAGGAGGAGUUGGGCCCAGUGGCCCUCGGCAGCCUGAUGGAGAGAGGACUGCUUCAGGACGGCACAACGAGCAAUGCCUGGGACGUGCCGCAUGACUUCCUCCCAGCACCUGUGCAGCCUGUUUGUCUUUUGUGGGCCUUCCUUCAAAACUUUGUCAAGAACUCUAUCUGCUUGGGGUUAUUCGGUGUGACCUAGAGAAGAAAUCAGUGGACCAUGACUUAAAGACUGGUCAAAAAAAGAACUGCCAAGGUGUGGACUUCCUGUUUACCUAGAUAAGGUGUGUGCCUCGUUGGCGUCUGAGUCCAGGCAUGUGUAGUUGUCUUCUGCCAGUCAACACUGCUGGGCUGUGUUUCUUUUUAAUAGGCCCACCUCCCCACAGCAGUAUGCGCAUGCGUCCUGCCCAACACCGGAGAUUCCUAUAGUUACGGUUUUUUUCUCAUCGGCUUAUUGGGGAAGGAGAUGGAGAAAGAUUACAUCAAGACACCAAGUGUAAGAGGAGCCGUGUCUGUCCUCUGUCCACGAGACCCUCAACCAGCCCGAUGUCUUCCACAGACACAUGAUGUCAAGGACCUUCCUAAGCCGUCACCACGCUCGGAGAUCAUUUCUUAUUUAUUAGAUGAUGAUGGUUUUAUUUUUAAUCUCUUAAGUCAAUGUAAAAAGCAUAAAACCCUUUCAUACUUCUGCAUUAACGAUGUAUGCCUCGCUGGCUGAAAAGUUACACGGAUUAGAAAUACCUGCCCUCUUUGGAUACAGCUAAGGCUUGGGAAGAGCCACCCAGGGAGGUGCAGAGGAUGAAUUGCUGAUGGGAGCAAAAAUCGGGGUUCAGAGGUCAUGCCAUUUAAGACAUAAAGCAGAUAAAAGCCCCUGGAUACAUUCCGAUAGAAGAGUUAGCAAAUCUGGCAGCGGAUUUGUCACCUCUGUCGGGGGAGAGAGGACAAGAGUGCCUGUGUGUGCGUCUACAUGGGAUCAGCACAAUCUUACUAGACUGCUCUGUGAUUAAACUAUUAACUUCCUAGAGAGCCCUCCAAGAGGAUGUUUAGAAAUAGAGCAUUCCAGAGAGCCACGGCAUUUGGGGCCGCAUCCAUGAAAGGGGGACCAGCCGUUUCUUUUCCAUGUUGUUGCUUGGUUGAUUUGUUUAUUUCCAAAAGGAGAAACUUAACUUUCCUAUUUAUUUUCAAGCAUUAGGAGAAAUAUCCCAGUGAUUUUCUUUUUCUUUUCCACUCAGGAUGCUGGUUUUAUUAACAAACAUUCUAACAAGCCACCUCCACCUUGUGGGUCUCACUUUAUCCUCAGAGAGAGGGAGCAAUUGUUCUCCUGGGCAUCUGGAUCCGUUCUGACCCAUUGGGCCAGCCUGUGGGAAGCACUGGUUGCCUCCAGCUGAACAGUGGGGAGCUCAUCCCUAGGAAUUUUCAUUAAACUUUGGAAACAGAAUAACAGUGAAAUAAUAUAUAAACUUAUGUGAGGGACCUCUAUUCACUAAUGUUUGAAAAAUGAAAGCUCUCUACCUGUUAAUUCUUCAGUGCAUCUAGCUCCUCACGUUGUGAAAGGGACCUUUAAAAUAUGUCAAGUUGGCUUGAAAUUUCUAUCAGGUAAUUUUGUCCUCCCCUAACCCUUCUUUCCCAGUCUAUUUCGAUGAAUUUUCUCUUUAUUUCUUACAGCUGAGACAAUGAUAUGGCCUGUGUCUUCACUCUGGCACCUUUAUUGAAUGAGGCUCACCCCAAGCACCAAAAGCAGAAAUGGGAUCUGUUCUCCAGCUCCCGGGUUUUAGUUAUAAAAGAAGAUAGGUUUAAGUGUGCAUUCCUUGGGCCAGACCUACAGCAGCAGCAAGGUGGGCUGAGGCUUGACUGCAGCAUUUUGCUCAGAGACCAAUGCAGUUGACAUUGGUGUAUAGACACCCAUUUACACUCACUUUUUUCAUCAGACUCUCUGAGAGUCUGAGAUUCUGGUUUAGAGAGACUGUUGAAAGUGGAGUGGCCUCACUUGUUUUUAACUUGAGAUCACAUCUUUACAUUAGGACAAUCUUUCCUCAGUCUUCUAGAGGCUAUUUGAGGCCUGACUGCCUUUAAAGAGGAUGAACUGAUGUGAAAAUAUUUCGUGGGGCUUUCUCCACCCAGUGGAUGGAAGGAUCGGUGUCCAGUCUGGGCAUCCGAGAGCCCAUGCAGAGGUGUGAGAAGAGGAGGAUGGAAGCAGAGGGAACCUUCUUGGUUCCCUGUGGGGACUUCAGAUUUAUUGUCUGUGAGUGCUCUGGUCCUCAGGUCCUCAAGUUACAGUUGCCGGUGCCCCCUUCCUUGUGCCUGUACAACCAUGUAGUGACUGGUCUCGAAUGCGUGCCUCCCUAAAGCACUGCCUCGAGUCAGUCCUCUGUAAACCAGCAGGUCUGAAAAGAGUCGGAAGCAGAGGCUGGGGUCAAGGCAGGCCUGGGUGGACCUUUGUCCAUGUCCCAGGAUAUGACAGCCUUGCUUCUUUGGUGAUUUCUCUUUUAGAAAUCAGGUGGCCAACAAGCCUUGGAUUCCUGUGCCAUUUCAUGGCAUUGGUACUUCCUGGGUUAGCUGUAAAAAUGCCCCCUUUUCAGGUUAAAGAUGCAUCUUCUCAUGCAUCUCUGCAGGUUCCCUGUGUUUCCUUGCUUUGUUAGAAAGCUAAGUGUUCAUUACAAUGGGGGAAUCAUUCACGAGACCUAACCUGGUGAGCAGUCGCACACCUGGGAGUGGAGAACUCAGCUGUUUCCAGUCUGUCUCAGAGACGUGAAAAGCUCCCAUUUAAAAAAAAUUAAUAAAUUUAAAAAGCGAGGGAGGGGGUGCUUCCAGAUCUUUUAUGGAGCCUGGAUUCUCCCACUGCUCUAUAGGCUGUGACUUCCUGAAGCAUACCGGGAGGAGACAUUUUCUUCUGGAUGGAAAGAUAUAUAGCCACCAAUCCUGAUCUGGAAGACAUGUCUAGACACACGGGGAGCCAAGCAAGAUGUGAGCUUGCCAUUGUGUUCCAGCAGAGGAGGUGGGCAGAGUGUCCCCAGACUCUAUUUUCCUACAGAAGGAGAAGGAAGUGGUCCUAGAGCUCUUUGGGAGACUGUUCUCUGCAGGUGGAGAAAAGCAUCUGGCAUCUUCAACCAGGUUUGCCAGGGCCAGGUUGUCUCAGUGCACGUGGGCCACUGGUUGCUUUUCCAGGCAAUUUUGGCAGGAAUGGAUCAACGAGGCUCCAACACUACUCAGGAGAUCCCAACCCCUUUGUAGGGUCUGGGCUCUGAUUUCUCCCAACCUGCUCAGCCAAGGAGGGGAGCACGAUUCAAAAGCCCAGGAACAAAGGGGCAUCACAGAAACACACGAACACAUACAUUUGUUCUUAUGUUCUAAUGUAAGACCUGUUCUCUCUACUCAUUGAUUUUAUCAGGCUUUCUGAAAGAUCUAGUGGUAAACACAACACAGAGAAUGCUGAAAAGCAGCCCCUCUUCCAAGUGUAAUAACUUACUGAAGUGUUCAACUUUUCAUUAUCUUUAUUAUAACAAACCUGAUGCUUUUUUUUUUUAGAACUUGUUACUCUGACUUCUGUAUAUGUUGCACUGAAAAGGUUAAUAUUUAAUGUUUUAAUUUAUUUUGUGUGGUAAGUUAAUUUUGAUUUCUAUAAUGUGUUAAUGUGAUUAGCAGUUCUUUUCCUUAAUAUCUGAAUUAUACUUAUUUAAAGAGUAGUGAGCAAUAUAAAAUGCAGUUGCAUUUUUCAGUAAUGUGCAUUGUUGUUCAGUUGUACUGUACCUUGUUUGGAAGGAUGAAGGAAUGAACUCUUUUUUGUUUUUUCCUAAAUCAAGACUGGAGCUUUUCUUUCAUGAUUGGGAUAUUGCUGAAGCAAAUUACGAUUUUUCUCUGCAAAUGUGAAUGAUGAGAAAAACUUAGAUGCUCUUUUUCAAAAUGUGGGAAUCCUAAAAUUAACCACAGUUUAUCCCUGUCUACUUGAAGAAACCAAAUUCUCUGAAGUUCUUCUCAGUAUAUAAGUAUUUCAUCUACUAUUUGUCCAACAAUAUGCUAACUAAUGUGAAGGAAAAUAUAAAAUACACAAUCCCUGCCCCAAAGGAAUUGGAUCUGGCUGGGAAGGCUGACAUGCAGAAAAUAAUUCUGAACUAGUUCUAGACAAAAUACAAAUAAACCGUGCAAUUGGAAGGUAGAGAUCAUGUGUUAAUAGCUGUGGUUCUCAAAGUGUGCAGCAGCAACAUCACCUGGGAACCUAGGAAUGCAAAUUAUCAGGCCCCACCCAGACCUAUUAAACUCUAGAGGUGCCCCAUGCCCCCUCCAGCUUCCAGGUGAUUCUAACACAUGCUCAAGUUUGAGAACCACUGUGCUCUAGGAC